CCCUCAUACGCAUACAACACUGGCGCCAUGACCAGCUUACGAACAUUCCAAACCGAGAUAGACGAGAUAUCGCACCGCGAGGUCGCGAAGCAGCGCGCCCACGCCACGGCUGAGCGGGCGAAGCUGGAGAAGGACGCGAAGAAGCCGACGGCGGCCAAAGCGCAUGCGCGGAAAGAGAGCAACACGACUGAAGUAGUCGAGCCAGCACCCAAAGAGCCAAUAGGGCCCGCCGGGGCUGGCAAUGGAGAUGCAGCGAUGUCGGAUAUCGAUGAGCAGCUCCAGACGUUGUUGUUGUCGCGAAUACCAGAGAACAUCGAGACGGCGCGGAACCUGAUCGCAUCGUUACUCACACGGAACUUCGGCGAGUACGUCUUCCGAAUAGGUGCGCACCCGCCGAACGCUAGGCUAUUCGCUGGGCAGCCUGCGACGGAGGAGGCAUCAUGCCAGGGGACGCGAAGAACUGCGGAAGAGCUCGACAUCAUUAUUGCGGAGACGACGACGGUGGUGGAUGAGGUCGGAGGGAAGACGUCGGUACUAUUCGACACGAGGGCCGACUCUCCGAGGGCCGUGCUGUUGUUACGAUUACCCCCGCGCGACGUCGCUUCGACGCCCGAGGUGCGGUGCGCUGUGGUGGGCAAUGUGGACAGCGGGAAAUCAACUACAUUAGGUGUCUUGACGCGAGGCCAAUUAGACGACGGUAGAGGGCGCGCACGAGUGAGUUUGUUCAGACAUAAACAUGAAAUAGAAAGCGGGAGAACCUCGAGCGUGGGUAUGGAGAUUCUGGGCUUCGGACCUACCGGCAAGCCUAUCUUGCCCAACACAGCCCACUCCAACGACCCUGAGGUCAUCCGACACGAAAAGAUGGGGUGGGAGGAAAUCUCAAUACAAGCCUCCAAGAUCAUCUCCUUCAGUGACCUCGCUGGGCACGAGCGAUAUCUCAAGACCACAUUAUACGGCUUGACGUCAGGUUCCCCUUCUUGCGUCAUCCUGAUAGUCGGCGGUAACGCAGGACUCAUUGGCAUGUCCAAAGAGCAUCUUGCUAUCGCAUUAGCGUUGAGCGUGCCUGUGGUGGUAUGCAUCACGAAGAUUGAUAUGACUCCGCCAAAUGUGCUUGCGAAGACGGUGGAGCAAGUAUCCAAGAUCCUGCGCAGUCCAGGAUGCAGGAAAACUCCGGUAUUCGUGAAGUCGAUGGAGGCUGCCGUUACGGUCGCCCAGCUGUUCGGGAAGGAGCGAUUAGCUCCCGUAUUCCAGACCUCGAACGUCACCGGGGAGGGUCUAGACUUCCUGCGCACCUUUUUGAACCUACUCCCCGCCAGCGAGGGCGACCACGAGAAGUUCUUGACCGACCAACCCCUCGAGUACUCGAUAACAGAAGUGUACUCCGUGCCCUACGUCGGCACCGUCGUCGAUGGCAUCCUCAACUCGGGCACGGUCAAGUCGGGCGACGUAGUUCUCUUCGGGCCCGACUCGAACGGCAACUUCCACAACACCGUGAUCAAGUCCAUCGAGCGCAAGCGGGCGCGGGUGGCAUCCGCCGAGGCAGGACAGUGCGUGUCAUUAGCGCUGAAGCGGGUGCGAAGAGCGGACAUCCGGAAGGGGAUGGUGCUCGUGCACAAGACCGAUGCCCCGCCCAAAGCUGUGAGGCAGUUCGAGGGCCAGGUGCUCAUUCUCUACCACAACACUACCUUGCAGCGGAACUACCAGGCGAUGCUGCACUGCGGGGCUGUGCGCCAGACGGUACGAAUAGUGUCGAUGGACCAUCCACAGGGCAUCCUGCGUACCGGGGAUCGCGCGACGGUCACGUUCGAGUUCAUCUCGCGGCCCGAGUUCAUCAAAGAGGGCAUGAAGCUACUUUUCAGAGAGGGAAAGACCAAGGGCCUCGGGGUGAUCACCCGAUUGUUGUGAAAGGGGGCGAGCAGAGACCUGUUGUCGUCGGCCGUAGGACGCAUACUUGCGUGCCUGUCGUUGUAUUUUCGGAGUCGGAACGUCGCGACGAGGCGUUGCGUUGUAUGUAGCAUAAUACAUGUGAGUGUACUACGGAGUUCACAGACCUCAUCGAGGCUGUAACCCCUACUAUAUCUCGAUGGCCAGC